AUGUUGAAGAUAUGGUCGAUCAAGAAGGAGCAGCAGAAGGCGGACGCGGCCGAGGGCGCGGCGGGGGGCGGCAAGAAGAAGAAGGUGACGGCGGCGCAGCUGCGGGUGCAGAAGGACCUGUCGGAGCUGUCGCUGGGCACGACGAUGAAGACGGACUUCCCGGACCCGGACAACAUCCUCAAGUUCGUGCUGACCAUCGAGCCCGACGAGGGCAUGUACCGCGGCGGGCGCUUCACCUUCGACUUCGACAUCAACCAGAACUUCCCGCACGAGCCGCCAAAGGUCCGCUGCGCGCAGAAGAUCUACCACCCCAACAUCGACCUCGAGGGCAAGGUGUGCCUCAACAUCCUGCGCGAGGACUGGAAGCCCGUGCUGAACCUCAACGCCGUCAUCGUGGGCCUGCAGUUCCUGUUCCUCGAGCCCAACGCGAGCGACCCGCUCAACAAGGACGCCGCCGAGGACCUGCGCAACAACCGCGAGGGGUUCAAGCGCAACGUGCGCUCCAGCAUGGCGGGCGGCGGCGUGCGCGGGGAGUCGUUUGAUCGGGUGCUCAAGUGA